CAGGUGUUUUCAAUGUCAGAAAGAACUAAGUUUAACAAGAACUCUGCAUUAUUCCCCUAACUAGUGAAAGAGAGGGAAUGAAGGUGGGGGAGAAUCAACUUUCUGGCCUCUUUUUUGCCAUGAUUGCACAAUGUAUAGAUUCUAAGGACAAGAGAAAACUUUUAUUAAAAGAAAACACGGUUUUUGAAGCUCAGAGGAACGACUAUAUUAGUUUUUCCCCCAGGAACAUAUGGGAAAGAAACGUCCUCAGAAACCAAAGCCCAACUAUCAGAGAUUAUGAGAUUUUUCAGGCUCACCUUAUGAUCAUCCUUGCGUUUGUCUCUUUAAACACGUUGAACUCGACCUUAAAGAAGCUGCUGCUAAAUAGUGGUCAAGCAGUAGUUAAAUUAACAAACCCUCCCACCUCGCUCCACUGGGUGGUAGCUUCCAAGGCCACAGUAAACGUGUCUCAAUGUGAAUCUGAUCCAGAAACAGCCAGGAAGGGAACAAAGUUUAGUCUGUGAGGAAAUAGGUGGCUGCCGGUAGUUUCAUGCUGUCUGUCCAGAUUUCACUUUGCUGUGUGGUGUUUUGGAGCCCUCUCUUGCAUCAGAACUCUGUCCUCCUAAUCCUCUGAGUGUCAUCUCAGGAUCCUGGGCACACUCAUGGCACGAUGGCCAACCCUCAGGAGCACCUGAGCUGCUCCUCUUCCCCACACUUACCCUUGAGUGAAAACAGAACCUUCAAUGGACUACAAGAUGAGCUCACACCUACGGGGAGCCACCCUUCACCCAAGCUCCUUAAGGACCCGCAGGAAAAGGGGGGAGUACACACAGAGCUAACCGAGAACAUGAACAGCCCCAUCACCACAACAGUGUUGACGAGUGUGAGCGAAGAUUCCAGGGACCAGUUUGAGAACAGCGUUCUUCAGCUAAGGGAACAAGAUGAAUCGGAAAUGGCCGUGUCUCAGGGGAACAGCAACACCACGGACAGAGAGAGCACAAGUGGAACCGAAGACAUCAAGAUUCAGUUCAGCAGGUCGGGUAGCGGCAGUGGUGGGUUUCUGGAAGGACUAUUUGGAUGCUUGAGGCCUGUAUGGAAUAUCAUUGGCAAGGCAUAUUCCACUGAUUACAAAUUGCAGCAGCAAGAUACUUGGGAAGUGCCAUUUGAGGAGAUCUCAGAGCUGCAGUGGCUGGGUAGUGGAGCCCAAGGAGCUGUCUUCUUGGGCAAGUUCCGAGCGGAGGAGGUGGCCAUCAAGAAAGUGAGAGAACAGAAUGAGACGGAUAUCAAGCAUUUGAGGAAGUUGAAGCACCCUAACAUCAUCGCUUUCAAGGGUGUUUGUACUCAGGCCCCAUGUUACUGCAUCAUCAUGGAAUACUGUGCCCAUGGACAACUCUAUGAGGUUUUGCGAGCUGGCAGGAAGAUCACACCCCGAUUGCUAGUGGACUGGUCUACAGGAAUUGCAAGUGGAAUGAAUUAUUUGCACCUCCAUAAAAUUAUUCACCGUGAUCUCAAAUCACCUAAUGUUUUGGUGACUCACACAGAUGCAGUAAAAAUUUCAGAUUUUGGUACAUCUAAGGAACUCAGUGACAAAAGUACCAAGAUGUCCUUUGCCGGCACAGUUGCGUGGAUGGCACCAGAGGUGAUACGCAAUGAACCUGUCUCUGAAAAAGUCGAUAUAUGGUCUUUUGGAGUGGUGCUUUGGGAGCUGCUGACGGGAGAGAUCCCUUACAAAGAUGUGGACUCUUCAGCCAUCAUUUGGGGUGUUGGAAGCAAUAGCCUACACCUUCCAGUUCCUUCCACUUGCCCUGAUGGAUUCAAAAUCCUUAUGAAACAGACAUGGCAGAGUAAACCUCGCAACCGGCCUUCUUUCCGGCAGACGCUCAUGCAUUUAGACAUCGCUUCUGCUGAUGUUCUUGCCACCCCACAAGAAACCUACUUCAAGUCUCAGGCUGAAUGGAGAGAAGAGGUGAAAAAACACUUUGAGAAGAUCAAAAGUGAGGGAACCUGUAUACACCGAUUAGAUGAAGAACUGAUUCGGAGGCGCAGAGAAGAGCUCAGGCAUGCUUUGGAUAUUCGUGAACACUAUGAGAGAAAACUUGAGCGGGCUAAUAAUUUAUACAUGGAACUGAGUGCCAUCAUGCUGCAGCUGGAAAUGCGGGAGAAGGAGCUCAUUAAGCGUGAGCAAGCAGUAGAAAAGAAGUACCCUGGAACUUACAAACGACACCCCGUCCGUCCAAUAAUCCACCCCAACGCCAUGGAGAAACUCAUGAAGAGGAAAGGUGCGCCUCAUAAAUCAGGGAUGCAGACCAAACGGCCAGAUCUGUUGAGAUCUGAAGGUAUCCCCAGUAUGGAGGUGGCUCCCACCGCAUCCCCUUUGUCUGGAAGUCCCAAAAUGUCCACCUCAAGCAGCAAGAGCCGAUAUCGGAGCAAACCCCGCCACCGCCGAGGGAAUAGCAGAGGCAGCCAUAGUGACUUUGCAGCGAUCUUGAAAAACCAGCCAGUGCAAGAAAAUUCACCCCAUCCCACUUAUGUACACCAAGCUCAAUCCCAGCACCCUUCUUCCCAUCACCAUAAUCCUCUGCAGCAGCAAUACCAGCAAUGCCCUCCUGCCGUGCCUCAGAGUCACCAUCCCAGACUCAACAUGCACGGACAGGACAUUGCAACCUGCGCCAACAACCUUAGGUAUUUUGGCCCAGCAGCAGCCCUGCGGAGCCCACUCAGCAACCAUGCUCAAAGACAGAUGCCUGGCUCCAGCCCUGACCUCAUCUCCACAGCCAUGGCGGCAGAUUGCUGGAGAAGUGCUGAGCCUGACGAGGGCCCAGCUGGCCCCUGGGGCUGUUGUCAGGCUGACCCUUAUGACCCCUGCCUCCAGUGCAGGCCAGAACGGUGUGGUUCCUUAGACAUACCCUCUGCUGAGCCAGUGGGGAGGAGACCCGACCUUUUCAAGUCACCAGCACACAAUCCCCUCUCGGAAAAUGCCCAGGGUUCUGAGAAAAUGGAAGAAAAUGAAUUCAAAGGCUGUAGGUCUGCAUCAUCCCUUGGCAUCCCUCAUCACGUCACCCCCCCAGUGCUACCUCGAAACACAAGGCCCCUGCAAAAGAGUGGAGAUGACUCCUCAGAAGAAGAAGAAGGGGAAGUAGAUAGUGAAGUUGAAUUUCCACGAAGACAGAGGCCCCAUCGCUGUAUCAGCAGCUGCCAGUCGUAUUCAACCUUUAGCUCUGAGAAUUUCUCUGUGUCUGAUGGAGAGGAAGGAAAUACCAGCGACCACUCCAACAGUCCUGAUGAGUUAGCAGAUAAACUGGAAGACCGCCUGGCCGAGAAGCUAGAUGACCUGCUGUCCCAGACGCCAGAGAUCCCCAUUGAGAUAUCCUCGCAUUCAGAUGGGCUCUCUGACAAGGAGUGCGCCGUGCGCCGCGUGAAGACGCAGAUGUCUCUGGGCAAGCUGUGUGUGGAGGAACGUGGCUACGAGAAUCCUAUGCAGUUUGAAGAAUCGGACUGUGACUCUUCAGAUGGAGAGUGUUCUGAUGCCACAGUCAGGACCAAUAAACACUACAACUCUGCUACUUGGAAUGAAAAUGGAACUGCCAUUUGGGAGCUCCCUGGUAUUCAUCUUAGUUGUAUUCCCUCAUUUUCUGUGUGCAACAACAAUCAUCUGAGGAUGCAGGUUCUGCCCUGGAGGCCAGUGGAUGCACUGUGGCUUUGACUUGAUCCUGAAAGCUCCCGGGUGGGCAGAUGACUGAGUGGAUGGACAAAUACUUCAAAAGCUGUAAACUUUCUCAAGUUUCUUAAGAAAUAAAAUCAUGGGACUACAUUAGAGGCAAAAAGAGAAUUAUUUAGUCCCCUGGGAGGAGCCGACCUAGGGAGUUGCUGCCCGGGGCCCAUGGGUUAGGCAGAUUCAAGAGCGGGCAGCACAGUUUGUCAUCUCCUUCUUUCCAGGUCCCAUAGUAACAACUUUUUAUUUCUCCUGGCUGGGAGUAGCAGGGAAACAUAAAAAGAAACAAGCAAACAAAAAGAAUAUGUAUAUCAUGACAUUGACAUAAAAUGCCUAGCUAUGAUGUCAUCCCGUAAUAAGACUAGAGGCAUUCUAGAAGGAGGCCUACUCACUUAGAGGGUGAUCGGGCCGGAAAAGUACCUUAAAAGGCCAUAUUUUCCAUCCUUGGACUUCAGACCACACUCAACUGUGAAUCUCUCUGGUUCAUUUCUUCUGGGAACUGAGAGUUCAUCUCUUGAGACUUCAGACCACACUAAACUAUGAAUCUCUCUGGUUCAUUUCUUCUGGGAACAAGUCUAUGUCCCCUUUCUCUCCACCAUAAAACACACUUUAGCUCGUCCAGUUCUUGCCCACCUGUAGUGGCAAAAGGAAACAGGAGGGUCGGCUUCUGUCUUACAUCUUUCAGUGAUGGUCUUCCUCGAAAACCCACACCUGAUACCUCAUAACUUUGAUGUUUUUUGAAUUCCCAAAUAUGAUAAUGCCAUAUACCUAUCUGGGUUAACUGUUAUAAGCAUGUUAGGGUAGUAGACAGUGUUGAAUCAUGAGUCAUUCACUGUAUUGUUGAGAGUUGAAUAAAGCUCCACAUUGAACCCUUUUAUUUAUUUAUUUAUUUUUAGUAGAAGUGACGAGAGGCUUCAGAAAAGUCUAGGUUAAAAAUAGUCUAGGUUAAAAAGAGAAAUGCCUUCUCUAUCCCAGCCUUGCCCUUCACUGCCUGCCUUGAGCUAACCAGGACAAUUUUGAAUCCAUGUGUGUUUCUUGGAGAACAGCUCCACAUCCUCUGAGGAGUGCUGAAUCUAAGAGCUCAGGAAAUUGAAGAGCUGAUCCUUCAGUCCUGAGGACUGUGCCACAAUGCUUUAAGGAACCUCACAAGACUGUGAUUUCAAGUUCAUUGUUGAUGGAAAGCUUAACCCCCUUGGGAUCAGUGUCCACAUUCAUUUAGCGUCUGUUUUUGACUGACUACAAGAUAACGAGUUUUAAUCUGUGUUGCAGAUGAACAUUGGUUCUGAUUUUCAUCUAUUUCUAGAUCAUGUCCUCUGGUAACAAUUCCUAUUAAAAUUGCUUUGCAGAGGGA